AUGUCCUGGCGCGAUAACAAUAAAACAUAUCAUAUUCUAACCCAAGCCGAAAAGGGCGGUUAUGGUGUUUUGGCUGCGAUUGUUUACAAUGUCGAGCAUAUCACAGCCAUGGCCCAGGCCGCCGAACAGCGACGAUCGCCCCUAAUCAUACAAUUAUUCCCGUCGUCUUUGAAACAAACACCUUCCUUGGUCUUUGCGGCAGCCGCUGCAGCGAAAAAUGCCUCGGUUCCGAUCUCCGUUCAUCUCGAUCACGCACAAGACUAUGAACAAAUCAAGUAUGUCGCAGAUAAUUUGCCCUUUGACUCAAUCAUGGUCGAUAUGAGUCAUUAUGAAAAAGAAGGAAAUCUGGAGAAAACAAGCAUCUUGCGAGAAUAUUGUCAUGCGCGGGGCAUUGUUGUCGAGGCCGAGACUGGUCGCAUCGAGGGUGGAGAAGAUGGAAUAAUGGAUACUGGUGAUCUUGAGGGAAUUCUCACAAACCCGGAGGAUGUAGAGGAGUUCAUCUCAGUCGGCGUGGAUUUUCUUGCACCGAGCGUUGGAAAUAUUCAUGGAGAUUAUGGGCCUAGAGGUCCCGACUUAGAUAUGCAACGGCUUCAGGGUAUCUUCAAAUCGAUGCGGGGGCGUGUCCGUUUAGUCCUGCAUGGAACCAACGACUUUUCCCCCGAGUUGACGCAGGCGUGCAUCAAGGCCGGUGUGACCAAAGUCAAUGUGAACAAACUAGUCUUGAAGCCAUGGAAUGACAAUCUGAGGGCUAACGCCACACGCCCAUUGACCGAGUUGAUGGAUACUGGUAUCCAAAUCUUGGUCGCAGAGAUGGAGCGGUGGAUGGAUAUUAUAGGUAGUAGUGGGAAGGCAUAA